UUGUUAAUAGUUGGCCAACCGUCUGGCGUUUAGGAAUAAAAUACAGAUUGGAUUUCUCUCAUGCGUGUUCACGGGAAUUUGUUUCCAGCUAAACUGCAGCUAUGACAAGCGACAAAACUGCACACUGGAAAGACAUUUUAAAAAGACGCCUUGCCUCCACUCACUCAGACAACAGAACCGAAGACGAGAAAAAAGCCGAGGAAACGGAGCUCUUUACGAAGUAUUAUUCUGAAUGGAAGGGAGGUGGAAACCAAGACAACACGUUCAAACACAUCCCACGGUUCUACUACAGACUUCCUGCAGAAGAUGAAGUUCUGCUGCAGAAACUAAGGGAAGAGUCAAGAGCUGUGUUUCUACAGAGGAAGAGCCGGGAACUCCUUGACAAUGAGGAGUUGCAAAAUUUGUGGUUUCUUCUUGAUAAGCAUCAAGUGCCGCCUACCACAGGUGACGAAGCAAUGAUCAGUUAUGACAGUUUCCUAAAGGUCGGGGAGAAAGCAGGUACCAAAUGCAAGCUGUUCUUCACUGCCAGAGUCUAUGCCAAGCUGCUUCACAAUGACCCAUAUGGCCGCAUAUCAAUUAUGCAGUUCUUUAAUUAUGUCAUGAGAAAAGUUUGGCUACACCAGACGAGGAUUGGACUGAGCUUGUACGAUGUGGCGGGGCAGGGUUAUCUCCGUGAAUCUGACUUGGAGAACUACAUUCUGGAGUUAAUUCCCACUCUCCCACAGCUCGAUGGCUUGGAGAAAUCUUUCUACUCCUUUUAUGUCUGCACUGCUGUUCGCAAAUUCUUCUUCUUCCUCGACCCUCUCCGAACAGGGAAAAUUAAAAUUCAGGACAUCUUGGCUUGUAGUUUCCUUGACGAUCUGCUUGAGCUCAGAGACGAAGAAUUAUCAAAGGAGAGUCAGGAGUCUAACUGGUUCUCUGCUCCUUCUGCCCUUCGGGUUUAUGGUCAAUACCUCAACCUUGACAAGGAUCACAAUGGGAUGCUCAGCAAAGAAGAGCUGUCUCGAUACGGAACUGGCACCUUGACCAGUGUUUUCCUAGACCGGGUCUAUCAGGAAUGCCUGACCUAUGAUGGUGAAAUGGACUAUAAGACAUACUUGGACUUUGUGCUGGCUCUGGAGAACAGGAAGGAGCCAGCUGCCCUGCAGUACAUCUUCAAGCUCCUGGACAUGGACAACAAAGGCUACCUCAACGUCUUCGCUCUCAAUUACUUUUUCAGGGCCAUUCAGGAACAGAUGAAGAUCCAUGGACAAGAGCCAGUGUCUUUUCAGGAUGUCAAGGAUGAAAUCUUUGACAUGGUGAAGCCCAAAGAUCCAUACAAGAUUACACUCCAGGACCUGGUCAACAGUGGACAGGGGGACACAGUUACAAGUAUCCUUAUCGACCUGAACGGUUUCUGGACAUAUGAGAACAGAGAAGUGCUGGUUACCAAUGAGAAUGAUGGCACCACAGCUGAUUUAGAGGACACGUGACACUUAUUACCUCCUAGAAAAACCAGUUGCCUAUGCACACAACACACAAGAACAAACAAUCCAUGUUCAAAAGUUUAUUAACAGAUAUUAUAUACAAAAAAAUGGCUUUUCCCUCACAUGUCAUAGUUUUUUUAGUAUCUAUACAUAAAUUAUACAUAUUUUCAAAGUAACAUGAUUUUUGAGAGGUGUAAAAAGGUUAAAGCAGUUAGAUUUAGUAUCUUCUUUCCUUUUUGUGUCCUGUGCACAUAACAUGUAUUUAACACAGCUAGUUUUACCUACAAUUUAAAAGAAGGUUGUGAGGAAAAAUCCCUAGCUAAUUGUUCCUGAUCACACUAGCAGAGGGUAAAAUAAUACACUAUAAAGGACUGGCACACAAGCCAGGAAAUGUGUACUGAAAAACAUUGUUGUAGUUCAUUUGCAGAAACAGAGAAUAAAGACUCAUCUGUUCUUUGUGUA